AUGAGGAACCAAGAUGGCUUCUCCGGUCUGUUUUUUGCUCCUCUGCCAAACCUUGAGGAACUGAUCGCUGUUGAGGCUGUCAUACGAGCGGAAAAAGACGAUGAAAUAAGCGCUAUUCAGCCAAAAUGUUGCAGGUAUUUCUUUAAACUGGUCUUGACUGUUGAUGUUUAAACCGAAAUCUGGAUAAAUUUGCAAUAAAUUCUGGAACCGAUGGUGAAGUUUAUUUUAAUAAUAAGACUUUAAGUCUUAUUUUUUGCAGGGAGAUCAUCUUCACAGAGCCCAAAGUUCUGUUGUCUCCACUGUUAGAUGACAGGAAUAAGCUGUUCCUCAUAACACAGGUGCAACUAAAAGUCAAAUAUGCUGAAAUUUGCCAACGUUGUAAAUAUAACUUUUAAUCAGGGACCGCGGAGCAAGGUGAAAAGUGGGAGGGCUGACAAUUGAAAAUAAUUUUUUCAUAUUGAAAAUCGAAAAAAGGGAUAAAAUCAUAGUAUUUGAUUUGUUUCUAUGGCGUGACUUUGCAUACUUUAUCAAUAUUUUUUCAAUAUAUUGAAAUGUUUACUGGUCAAACUCGAACUCACCAUUUUCACUGCAAGUAGUUGUCGUCUUUUCUGCAGAGCUUACAGACUUUGACGAAGUCCCAGACAACUCUAAUAAACGACCAACAUACACGGUCAGUUGAGAUUCAAUGCAAGAAAAGACGCGAUUACAAUUUUAGUAUAGAAAAUACUGUACUGAAGUGAUCUGAAAAAUUUCUAACUAUGGUCGUUCACUGUUCAAGUAAUGUAAUUCUUCUUGCCAUCGAAUCUUUCAUUGAUUCGAAAGGAGAAAGACAAAAUAUAAAACUUUAAUCAACUCAAAACAACUACUCCCCUUCGUUUGGCUUGAAAAAGCUAGUAAUUUUCUUCGUUUCGUUUGAUAAAACUGAUAAAAAACUCUGCCGGAGCUGGAAGUACAAAACACGCUGCCGAACAAAGCGAAGGGGUGGCCAAGGCAUGGCGUUUGAUCAAGGGGCAAGUCGGCCCCAGGGCGCAAUUACCGCGAAAAGCACAGGAGCCCCACAAAAUGCCUGGCGUUUGAAAUUAAAGAAAAUACAGAGAAUAUAGCGGAAUAUAGACGGAAAAAACUUGUUUCAAGUCUUUUUUUUAUUUUAAUCAUUUUUCUUUUUAGCGCAAAAAGUGGGGGCGGGGACGCAAAAAAGUGGUAGGGCCGCGGCCCUACCAGCCCCUCCCCCUCCGCGGUCCCUGUUAAUAUGCCUACUAUGAUGUUGAGCUGUGUUAAGGUAAUGGACUUACCAAAUGAAGAAAUAUCAGAAAACCUUUUUUUAUGGGCUUACUUUAUCUUAAGCUUAUUAUUGAACCUUACUUUUCUAUUUCUCUUAGGAGAUGAUUUUUCAUUCCUCUGAAUUUCAAGAGCUGUUACAAAGGCUAAAAAUAAAGGUAAGCUUAAGCUUUAAACUGAAUUCGAAGUUUCGAAGUGGAUUUUAAAAUAAGCUUACCUCACUCUUAUUUUUCCAUCCAAGUUGUCCAUGUUCUCAAUAAGCUUAAGUAGGUUUAGUAUAUGAAAUACGACCCUUCGAAUAGUUUUGAAUGAAAUGAGGACUGACUAGAUGUUCAACACUGAAAUACACAUGUAUACAUUUGGUAGUUGCGUGUAGAACUACCACAAUCUGUAGAAUGUGAGGUACUGCUAUCAACUAGUAAUCAGAUUCGUUUAAAGCUUGAUUAUAUCAUUACACAAGACCCACGCUCAGAUGUAAAAUUUUCUGUUGUUCAUCUUUUUUUUUUCUUUACCAGGAAACAGAGCGAGUAGAUCUGACCAAAGGCUUGUUUCAGUUUUGUUUUUCGUUCACAAUGAAACAGAAGCUCGCACCACUAUGGAACAAGGCUGGAGAGUUCUUUGUACAAGGUAAUUGAUGGACAUUCAAUAUCUUUAUUAACCCAGAAAAAGGAGCACUAAAAAGUAACGGAAGUUAUCCUCCGAUCAAUGCUGAUUUAAACUCUUAAGAGGAAACGUAAGAGAUAAAUUUCAGUUGAACAACUGAAAUGCCCUCUUCCUUCGCAUUGAUGAAUCUAGAAUACUAUUAUUGGCAGACUCUUAAGUUAUGUCCAGUGUUUCAUAUUUCUUUGUAGGUCGUGACUUCAUGCUGGAAAAAACGAAACUGAAUGCAGUUUGUAAGUAAAACUCAUAGUUAGGGUGAAUGAUUAAGUUUUCUCGCCUAUUCUCUAAAAACAGACACCACGAAAAACUUCCUGUGCUUUUUUCACCACAAAAGUUAGUACUCUUAUUGGUGUUGAAGGAGAUAAAACUCUCUCCCGAUCGCUAAAUGAUAAAAUUCCUAACAUUUGAUAACUUGUUAUCGCCACUAAGACAUUCCCGCUAAAGCCUGUACUAGAAAGACGAUGGCUAUAACAUUUUCCCACCAAAAUGACGUUGGUUCGCGCGCGCACACUACUUAGUAUCAGGGCGGAUAAAGGUGGACACUAUUUAGUAUCAGGGGGAUAAAGGUUGCCUAACAUUUAUCCGCCCUGCUUAGUAUUGAGAAAAUUUCGUUCUCGUAGUCGUCCUGGUCUUAGAAUCUAAAGCUCUGUAUUAUUCCUUGUCUAGCUGAGAAAUCAGCCUUGUGGAACAGUUUCUGCCUGUUUUUCAAUGAGCAUCUGAGAACACAAUAGUCCAUUCCCUUCCCUUUGUGAUGCCCACUACAGAGUCUAAUUUCUUGUAUGCGUUUUUAUGCAGCCUUGGAAGUAACAAUUAGUGACAAGAUCAGUAUUGGAUUACAGGCUUAUUCUUUAAAGUCAAGCCCCUGCAUGGUAAUAUAAUUUGAAACAGUGUAGGUGCUGUUUUCAAAUUGAGACGAGUUGACUAAGGCCAAAUUUAAAAAUGGCCGGUCUGAGGGAAGCGUGACCAAGAUUUAUUGUUUCGAACUAUUUAUGUCAUGAAAACUGGCAACGGAAAGUGAGAGUUUUCGGGGAUGACUAUAUUGUCUUGGGUGGAAAACCUUUCAAAAGCAUUAAAUUGUGCUUUGCUCAAGCCCAAAAAAUUCUUUCCAGGGACAUUUUGAACUUUAGAAUAAUGGGCAUCCAUAAAUCUAGCUAGGAUUACGUGAAAGCUUUAGUAAUAGGGUUGGGGAUUAACUACAAUCGUGGACAAAGGUCCUUGGGACAGUGCAGUAUUCAUAAUUUUCUUUAAUUUCCCUCAUAAAACAGUGAUCCUUUUCGAAAUUGUCUUGCAGUUCUCCCUCCCCCCACCCUAUAUAAGUUCUGUAUGCACGCGUCCAACUUUGUUUGUGGGGUGAAGGGAGGGGUUGGGCAUUAGAAAACCCCCCAGAAAUGCAAAAGUGUCCCAAGACUUUUGUCCAUGAUUGUAGCUACGUUGGCCUGGGUGGAGAGGGCAAAGUAAGAGAAUAGAAGGAAAUUUACUGAGAUUAAUGAUUUGUGAAUACGGUAAACUGCCUGUUUUUACUUCUUCAGCCAGAACAUUUCACUGCUUCGACAAGAGCAUUAGAGGAAUUUAACAUCAACGAGAAAGCUGUGAUCACUGAUGCAGCUAUUUCCGAUGAUUUAUGUUUUGUGUUGCCGAGGUAAGGAGCGCACCAAUAAAUUUUAAAACUCAUUUAAUUAAAAUUUUUUUGAAAAAAUAUCCAUGUGAGUCGCCAAGGGUAAAAGAAUACAAAUUGCCAUAAAUAACUGAGUCUUGACUUUCUGGUGGUGGUUUGACAGGUCUUACAACAAAAAGUUGACAAACUAUUAUCAUAGAUAUUCAAACGAGUCGGCUGCUUUCUCAGAAAUAGGUUUUUAAUAUAUUACAUCCAAUUAGUAUAUGCAGUAUUACUAGUUUCUAGACCAAUCAUCAAGACUCUAACGACGAAAAUUUUCAUUUUCUUCGUGUUUACCGUUAUCCAAGCAAUAAAAAUCAUGAAAAGUUAACAUCAAUGCCCAGUUGUGUUUGAUUUGUAAUAAGAGGAUCUUAAAGCUCGUUUAACCAAACUUUUUUUGCUAUUUUAGCUUGAAAAAAGGGAGAAUCUUCAGUAUAACGCAUAACCUUCCUGAGGAAUGCCCGUUUGCUAGUUAUGAAGACUUACGAAAACACUGGAAGCUUAUGGUAGGUGUACCUUUGAGGUUCUUAGAACUCCCUUUUUGUGUUGAAAAAUGGUGGCAGGUGACUUCUGGUAGCUUCAUUUUUAUUUGUCGUUGUUACUUUUCUUUUUACGCAGUAUGGAUACAGACUACCGGCUGAGGAAAAUGUUUUUUACAACGUACAUUUCUAUUAUAUCCGUGGGAGAAUAUUUACGUAUCCUUUAGAUGGGCCUGUUUAUAUCGACAAUGCGCUGACGUCAGUUGAAUGAGGGUCACAAAAGCAGAACUUAAGUAAUCUCUCUUGCCAUUCACAUGAAAAUACUUUCACUUAAUAGCAAUGACUGGCGACGCAAAAAUCAAAUCAAACACGAAACUUCUUUGUUAUGCUGUUUCGAAAAGCUUUUCUAGGCUGUCUAUGUUGAAAGUGCACUUUUAUCAACCCAGGAAACAACAGGUGACAUUUAGACACCACAUCCAUCUUACAGAAGAGUCAUUAUAUUCAUAUCUAAGAUAGCAAGAUGUGACUGUAUUUUUUCAAUCAGGGCUGUUGCUAAGAUUUCGAGUUGCCGCGUAUAUAAGUAGGAGGGAAAUUGAGCAGCUAGGAGGUUCUUUUGGGUCUAGUCUACCUUUGUCUCAUUUUAAAGUAGCCGGGGCUGAAGGCCGUUAUUAGCCGGGGGAAAUCCUCGGCCCUCAGUGACAGCCCUGUUGAAUACGAUAUCAGUUAUGUUUAAUUUCUUUACCAAAAGCGAUCAGAUACCCAGCUAGUUGUAUCCGCAGCAGUCAAGCCAUAGCAUCGCCUCGCUGCGAUCAUCAGCUGAUUUUUACCACUUUUCUGAGAGACUUGUCUUCCCGAAUGCCUUUCAUCUGUGCUACACCCCUAGCGCUGACGUCUGCACCUCUCUACCCAACAUGUAGACUUCAACAGGUAACCUCUCCAAACCACAGUAACCUAACAAGGACAGCGCCUCACAUGAACCACUGUAGACCUUUCACCGUUCAACAACAGCCUGCAUGUGAACUGACGAGGCAAGCCAUCUCGGCGUCGCCGUUUUCAUCUCGAGCAGCAUCUUCCGAAAUUCAUCAAACCGCGACCAGCGAUGGUAUUGUUAAUCGCCGGAUAAUACCCUCUUUUAAUCCAACGAGCUUGAGGGUCACUGCUCAUAUUUCCCCGGUACCUUCUUACCUCUCUUCAGAAACUCCUUUUGUUCCUCGAUUCACUAGUAAGCAUGUGCUUAACACUGAACAUAGCAGGUCAGCCACAUGUAACUCUACUUCUUCAUCCACGCCUGCCACAAGAAUUGUCCCAACGUUUUCGAAGAAGAGAGUGCAGUCUUGUGGAAACGAUUCAACAAAGAGAGCCAAAACGGCUACGUCUAGAGUUUGUGCCCUUGGUAAAACUGUGCAAUCAGAGGGAGCUUCAUCUUUGUCUUCGUCACUACCUCCUCCUAGCGUAAUAAGACCGGUCACAGGGGAAAACGUAAGUAAUUUACACAAACAAUCUCAGCAAAGGAGCACUCAAAACCACAGAAGCAUUUUGAUGGGACAAGACAUCGGUCUGAGUGAAAGCCAUGGUAUUUCGUCAAACUUUAACAGGGAAUUGUCCACUGAGCCAAACGUGGCGAUUUUGCCUGCUGCGGUUCACAUCAAUAAUGCUGAUGUGACAUACAGCGCUAGCACUCCAGUGCCAGUUUCAAAGUGUUUACCCCAGAAAAGACCAGGACUCGUUAUAACACAAGCUCCUUCUACCAAAGAUCAUCUUUCAGCCUCAUUUACGGGAAACGUGCCUUCGAAGCAAAGCAACAACAGGACUGUUAAUCCUUCCUUCUUAGGUGAUGUUCUUGUAAGUGAGUCGCCUUUUUCAGGACUGGUUAGAGGCCACCCAACCUCUAUUCAGCCGCUACAGCAAAGGCGCAUUCUUGGCCAGUCCCAAUCUGUUCUUGAUUUAACAUUGGGACUUCAGGUAUUAAAACCAUGUUAACAAUUCUUAAAAAAUUUUUUCAUUGUUAGAUUAAAUUGAAGGAGUGAUUUUAAUUAACAAAAUACUUGAAGUCAAAAAGCAGCAUUCACAUGACAAAAUCAACAGCCUAAGCCUAAGGUGGUGCCCGUCAUCGUCCAGACGAUACGCAUGCACCACUCGCCCCAGCCUACAAUAACGAUUUUUGUCACACCAGAAUGAAAUAUAAUGCCAUAACGAGAAUUUCUGAUUCUCAUUGAUAAAUAGAAUGACUUCACCAGUUCGGGAAUGGAAUUUCGACUCGGUAUCCGGGAUGUAAAUGGAUGCAGAUAUAUAAAUCCAGUGAAACUUAUUCCGAUAUCAUGCGAAUAGCCCCUACACUACCGAGGAAUUAGUCAACAGGAAACUUACCGAACUAUGCAUAAUUGUGACCUUAGAAUAACUGUGUUUUUAAGGUGGAAGAUUUUCCUCGCGAGGAACCACCUGCUAAGAAGCCGAAGUCAAAGCCUAAAAUUCAGGACAACAUUGAUGUGAAGGAGUUAGCGUUACAAGACCAGGUACAGUACAUUUUCAAGCUUACAUAACCGCAUAACAGUAGGCAAGUUCAGCCUAGCCUUUGUUCUAUGCUUCAGUUUGCCUUUCCGUACUGUAAAGGAAGUGUUUGUCUCUAGGUGUUACUCUAUCAAUAAAUCCCAGCUGACUUGCAGCAUCUCAGGCUAUUUUACACACUAAGCGGUAGGGAGAUUGUGCUGAAUGACUCUGAAGUUUCGUGAUCACAGUUAAGAAGUCUAAAAUCAAAUAAGUAAUUUUAAAAAAAUACGCAAGUUGUGAUCCGAUCCGAUUCUCACAAGGAAAUGAAUGAAUGUAUGGAAAAGUACUAAAGUAUACAGAGCUUUUCGUUUUCUGCGCCACGCAUUUUGGAAAGAGAAGAUUGAGGACAGAGUAAAAUUAUUGGAAUUAAACGUGAUAAAAUGUUGUCUAAAGAUGACAAAGGCCGAUUUGCGUAAAAUAGGUCUUAAAAUGAAGGAAAGACGUUUCAGAGAACUUAACCCCUGAGUUCCCCAGCGAAAGCAGGGCUAUAUCCCUCACUCCACCACCCCACUCCCCCCCAUUGGAAAUUGCGCCUCUGGCUUACCGGCCAUGAAUGCGGGAUGGUCCCUUACCGAACCCCCUCACCAUAGACAUUAUCCACGAUGAACAAUAUCUUUCAUGACAACGUUUACAUCAUUUUUUAGGUGAUAGCUCAUGAUCAGCUUAUUCCAUUUACUUCUUAUAACAGCUCCAAAAAGUAAACGCCAUCACUCUCGCCGACUGGCUGAAGAAAAGAGGUGUAGCUGUGAAAUCAAAAGACAAGAAAACAGAGCUGACCAGUAAAGUCAAGCUGUACUUGGCAACAGUCCCACAUGAGCCUUAA